AUGCUCCGAGUAGUGUGUCUACUGAUCGCGUGGGGCAUCCUGCUCGCGCGUGCAAAUCGCGACGCUAAUCGGUUAUUUGAAGACCUGUUAGCGGAUUAUAAUAAACUAGUGCGGCCCGUCGACAAUAACAGCGAUACUCUUGUAGUGAGAUUUAAACUUAAACUCAGUCAACUUCUAGACGUGCACGAGAAGAACCAAAUCAUGACAACAAACGUCUGGUUACAACAUAGUUGGACUGAUUAUAAGCUUCGAUGGGAUCCAGAAGAUUAUGGUGGUGUUGAUGUUCUAUAUGUUCCAUCCGAUACGAUAUGGUUACCGGACAUAGUCUUAUAUAAUAAUGCUGACGGUAAUUAUCAAGUAACAAUUAUGACAAAAGCUAAAUUAUCAUAUAAUGGUACGGUAGAGUGGGCACCACCAGCUAUAUACAAAAGUAUGUGUCAAAUAGAUGUUGAAUUCUUUCCUUUCGAUCUUCAACAAUGCGAAAUGAAGUUUGGUUCAUGGACGUACGGAGGUCUCGAAGUCGAUCUGAUACAUAAAGAUGAGCAUUUACAACGAAUUGUUGAAGAAGAAGUUGAAGGGGUUGAUGGUCCGAUACAGGAAUCUGUUUGGAUUGUAGACGAAGGAAUUGAUUUAAGUGAUUACUAUCCGAGUGUCGAAUGGGAUAUACUCAAAGUACCUGGCAAAAGACAUUCCAAAAGGUAUCCAUGUUGCGAGAGUCCAUUCAUAGACAUUACCUAUGAAAUUCAUUUGCGACGAAAAACACUAUUUUAUACCGUAAAUCUCAUUUUUCCAUCUGUUGGCAUCAGUUUCUUGACGGCACUCGUCUUCUACUUGCCAUCAGAUGGUGGAGAGAAAAUAUCGUUAUGUAUUUCCAUUCUCAUUUCGCUUACAGUCUUUUUCUUGUUGUUAGUCGAGAUCAUUCCCUCUACUUCGCUCGUCAUACCAUUAAUAGGCAAAUAUCUUCUUUUUACAAUGGUUCUUGUAACAUUGAGUGUUGUCGUAACCGUUGUUACUUUGAACGUUCACUACCGUUCACCAACAACACAUACGAUGCCACAAUGGAUUCGAAAACUAUUCAUUGACUUCCUUCCUCGAUAUCUGCUAAUGCAGAGACCAACGCCUCCGUCACAAAAGGCGAAAUUGGACCAACGUACGGCUGCCUUUUCACUUCCGCCAACAAACAGUUUUGCUUCUCCUCUACUCGAUCAGAAUAUGGACUUACUCUCACCCACAUAUGGCACAUCUUUUGCCGGUGCCUCAGGUGAAGAAACAUCGUUCAUUUCCGGACAGAGGGAUGUUUCACCAGUACGUUCUGCUGUUGAAAGUGUAGCAUAUAUAGCAGAUCAUUUGAAGAAUGAAGAAGAAGAGAAACAGGUUGUGGAGGAUUGGAAAUACAUAUCGGUAGUGAUGGAUAGGAUAUUUCUCCUUCUUUUCACAUGUGCCUGUGCACUUGGGACAGUGGUGAUCAUCUGUAGAGCUCCGUCUAUCUAUGACACAACAAAACCUUUAGCUUAA